AUGUCUUCGACCGAACAUUACCCUGGCUACGCUGCUCUUCUCUCUUAUUUCAACGAACGCGAACACGUAAACUGGUCGUACUACGAGUUUUUGACUCUUAACCGUGAUGUCAUUAUAUCUUUACCAUCAAUUAUUAAAGAUUGGAAUGGUCUAGAUAGCACAUGGACUCGUAGAUUUCUAAUAAACGCAGAAAUGAUGCUUGAAUCAAAAGACUUUGAAACUUUAAAGGUCAAGGGAGCUCCUAUCAGCCAACGCCCUGACUUAGGAGUAUCAGUCAACGUCCUGGCCCAAGUGAUGGUAGUGGCACCUCUGGUCAGCCAACGCCCUGAUUCAAGAGUAUCAGUCAACGUGGAUUCUGAACGUUCAAAAGAUGGAUUGAAGGCCUAUUGGGAAAACGUUAUCCAUGAACAGAAAAAAUUGAAAGUGAAGCGCACCCACAUUCUUGGGAGUCUUGAUCUAUUAGAUGAAGCCGGCAAACAUAAUGUCAAAGAUCUUUCCUCUGAAGGGCUUUCAAAUUCUUUCCCUGUUGAUAUGUCAUCUGCAUCCAAGCAUGCACUUGAGAGUACGAACUUAAUUUCUCCUCAAGAGAAUAAAAAGAUUAAAACUGGUGAAAAUCAAGCGUCAGUUGAAGAAGGUACCACUCAAGAGGACAUGUUGAACUCAGUUAUAGAAACCUCCAAUAUCUUUAGAGAAGCUGAAUUCCCAGGGUAUUACGAUAAACUCAAAAAAAUAUGGAGUACCCGUGAAGCAGGAUCAAAUUAUUAUGUAAUUGAUCUGAAAAAUAAAGAAGUUUUAAAAGAGGUACAUAAUCUUUUAGAUGAUGAAAAAUUAAAAUCGUUAUUUGAUAGAUUGACUUUGGAAGACGAAAACAAAUAUAUAAGUAUGAAGGCACUCGAAUAUAUGACGUUAUUUGAUAAAAUCAUAGACGAUUACUUAAGGGAUGAUGAUGAUGACGUAGUUGAGAAAAAAUUUAUCGAAACCAAAGACGAAGCCAUUUCCAAGAUGGAGAAAGUGGUCUAUAGUUUGGACGGAUUGACAAAAAGAUUCAAUUACCUAUCCCACACUCUUCCUAUUCCAACGGAACAAUAUGAAGGAUUUUUAUACCCUGAUAUUCAUAUUAUUAGAAGCAUUUCGAGUCACCUAAGUACAAUUAUAAGUAUGGAUGGAAUUGUCAAAAAUACAACCGAAAGUCAUAUUACCUCUCUAAGAUAUUUUUCGUGUGAACGUACAAUUUCUACGAAAAUGGAUUCUCAAACCAUAGAUUAUAGGCAGAUGGGGUUGCGGAAUUAUUUGAAAGGCCAAAACAAAUCCCCUUAUUCGUACUUGAGGUCUGGUGAACCUAGUAAUCCGGAUCCUGAUAAAUUUAAAGAUGAUAGACAAAAGUUAAUGAAAGGUGUAUUUGCGCUAAAUAAAUUCAUUAUUAGAACUGGUCUGCCAACAUAUGAGGUUUGUAAAACUUUGGGAGUUUUUCUUGCUCAAGGAUUUGAAGACAACCUUGAGAUCGGACAAAUAAUUUACAUUGGACCCGGUUUAUAUUUAUUUUCACCCUUUACGGAUCCAAAUCUUAUCAUCCUGACUUCUCCCUUCAAUUUGGAACAUAGCCAACGAUAUAUCAUAAAUCCAACAUCGAAGUAUACUACUGGAUUUACACCUGAUCGGCCGCAAAUUGUGACGUUUUCCAAAUUUCUGCCCAAGGAAGAGACAUCUGGCAAG